AUGGGCGGAGACAACCAAGACCUCGUGCGCCUCGCAGGCGAAUAUGCCGACAGAGACAUCGAUCUCUACCACGUUCUCGGUGUCGAUGCGCUCACCCCCAAGGAGGACAUCCACCGCGCCUGGAGGAAACGGUCCCUAAAGUACCACCCCGACAAGGCCCGCGAGAACUUUGACGCAGAGAAGUGGGAGCUGUUUGAGAAGGCGAGAGAUGUCUUGUCCGACGCAAACGCGCGCGCCGCGUACGAUGGGGCGAGCAAGGCCAAGCUCUUGCGGAGGCAGGAGCGCGAGGCGAUGGACAAGGAGCGCAAGAAGUUUGCUGACGAUCUUGAGGCGCGCGAGAAUGCCGCCAGGCGGGCGAGGGAGGAGGUGCAGCAGGCUGACAGGGAGAUGCUGCAGAAGGAGAGGGAGAGGCUGGCCGAGCAACAACGGAUGCGUGACGAGGAGACCAGGCGGCAGGCCGAGGCUGCACAGGAGGCCGAGGACCUGGCUGAGGCUAGGAGGCGGCUGAAGGAGAAGAGGGACGAGAAGGCGAGAAGGAGACAAGCCAAGGAGAGCAUGAAGGCCACUCUCGGGUCCCUCGGCAAACCCUCUGGUCCUGCGAAUGGGGUCAUAAACGUUCCGGGAGACUACGUUGCGGAUUUGAGUCUGAACAAACGGUACUGGGAACUGGUCUGCGACAAACUGCGCGCCGUUCAGGCAGUAAGGAACUUGCAGAAGGACGAUACGCCAGCGGAAAUUUUGCAAGAGGCAGAGAGGGUCGUUCAGGAGGUCCGAAGCAAGAUUCACGAAGCCGAGGUCAGGUAUCAGAAUGAAACAGCAGCCACCUAA